ACACGCUCCUCCAUCCAGGCGUUACUACCAAGCUUCACCUUGUCACCGACUGGGGAGUUCUAUCGAGUUCCACGACCCGGAUGCGCGUGGUCCGAGUCUGGAGCGAUUGCUUCAAUACGGCUCCAUGACCCGCAACAAUCUGGGGGAGCAUAUGGGCUGGCUGUUGAAUACCAUCAGAAAAUCACCGCCCACAGGACCGCAGCUGCCCGCUGCCACAGACUCGCUCAGCCAUGGCCAGCCUUCCAUCUCAUCCAUCGUCGGGUCAUCCACGCCCGACUUGGGAUCACAGCCAACAGGGGCCACAAACUCCAAGUCUUCUAACUCUACAUUUACCCCCACAGAUUCCUCCACAAUCUCUUCCAUUUCCACUGCCACUUCCACUUCCACUUCCACCUCCGGCUCCCACUCUCGUCCCCGUGCUCAACCUAUCCCCACCACAACAACGCCCUUUACUCCCUCGGGGAGUACAAAAUCUACCUCGAAUGCACGGAAGACUGACAGGGUAUCCGCGAGGAAAAACGAGUCGAACCGGCUUCCUUCCAACAACUCGAAGCGGCCGACUCUACUCACCAAGCAGCAACCUUUACCUACCCCGGCUCCUACCACUGGAACAACGCCAAUUGGCCCUUUGCAGAGCGCGUACUCGGCGUCGCUCGCGCGUGAGCCUCGUUUCAGUUCGGUACAGUCGCGGGAGAGACCGCAAUCUCCGCCGCCAAACACGCACAAUUCCCGGAGCACGCGCCCAGCAGGUCGGCCAGUUGACUUCAUUGAGAUUGACGAUGAUAUAUUCUCAGAUCCUUUCGACCUAGCUGAGUCUGACGAUCUCGACGGUUCCAGCUCGGUUCUAGCCUUUGGGGAGGACAAGAGGCUCUGGCGCGAGGACUUUGCUGAACGCCCAGAGCCGGUAUCCAACCGCACAAAGAGGUCGAAAAUGGCCGAUAUGGUCUCCCCGCCGGGUUCUCCCGUGAAAAAUGAAAUUGAGGACACUGAAAAUGAGUUCCCAGACAUCGAGGACCUGAUCCCUCCAUCGUCGGUUCUCAGGUCGGCCGUAAAACAACGCGCCAGCUCUGUUCCUGCGGGGGCGGACAGCCCUCGCUCUCAGAUCGCUACGGAGUCGGCUUUGCUCCAUGAGAACGAUGUUGAGCACAAAACAGAGAACUGGAUGCGCGGCGGCACGGACAGGGCAUCUACCUCUGAGCCUGCCGUGGGCUUACGUCGGGACUCGCUUCAGAGCACACCCAUCACGACGGCAGCUGAGACGUCGGAUUUUGCAACAUCUUCCCGGAAGCGCAAGACACCAUCGUCGCCAACUCCUGCCGUCCAUGAGCAACCUCUCGAAAUGGAACCCAGCCCUUUGGCAGAAACCAGCAGAAAAGUGAAGAGGACCCGGCACGAUGUCAUUCUGGACUCGGACGAUGAACUGCAUGUUCCUUCGACGUACCAGUCCACCAUGGGCGGCGAGACCAGCUUAGUUUCCAGCGGCAGCCAUCGGGCUCCUGACGAGAGCGAGUGCAUGGACAUUGAUGUGCCCCCCUCUAGCAUUGAGCCAUCGCCUAAGAUGUCUCAGCAUUCCGGGGCCCCUCUUGCCGCUUCUCAGGAGAAAGGCACUGGGAAAUUGUCUCGGGAUGCUCGUGAAGAAGCCCGCUCUGACGAACCAUCCGAGGAUACUCAAACCAAAGAUGCUUCACAAGGCUCUCGCGACUCCGAUAUCAGACGGAACAAGCACGUUUUUGGUCUGUUCCUUGAGCGCCCAUCUGUCCUAGAGGAGAAGAUGCGUUCUCUGAACGACCAGUUGCGCAGGAAUAAAGAGCAGUACACCCAGUGUCUCCGUGACAACGCGCCCCGCGAAGACCGCGAGCGGGUGCGGAAUGCCCGUAACGCAUUGGUGCAGAAGCAGAAAGCCCUAGAUGCUAUCAGAGCCGAACAUCAGGCCUACAAAGAGCUCUGCAACAAGAGGGAGGAAUUACUGGUCGAGCUGGGCAAUGCCUUUGAAGAGGGGCUUGACACAACAGAGGAUGAAGCCCAAUUAGACAUUCUGUCAGAGCAAGUCAAAGCGAAGGAGAUCGUGCUCACCAGGAGCCUCAUUGCGGCAGGCAUUGAUGAUCUCGACUUCCUUAAGGACCCAAACGACUCCAUCGCCGCCCCUGAUGCACCCCAGACUCCUGUUGUGUUCGCUACACAACCCUCGCACAAGCUCGGUUCGAAAGGCUUGUCGAACAAGGGUGCCGACAUUCCGGAAUACAACUCCCAGGUUGUCUUGCAGACCCAGCAGCUGUCACAAAGUCGAGCACAGGGGACGGCAAGCACCACGCUCGCUAAUACUCACACGCUGCCAACGACGGCUUCUUUUUCGCAGGCACCUGGCUCGGCUAGGCAUACCACCUCCUACACGGACAACACGGAUUCUCGGACUCUUGCAGGAAUUUCCGACGACGGUGGCCUUGCCAGUACCGCUGGUGGGCCUCAGACGGCAUUGGGACGCUCUGCAAGUUCCUCUGUUUCGAUUGCUGCGGAAAUCGUUCGCGAUCCGCCACGGCUGAUGCUUUCCAAACCAGACAGGACACCCGGCAAGAACAUGAAGACAUACGGCUCUGAGUACAUAGACGACUUCAGUGACGAUGAGAUGAUGCUGGCAGCCGCAAACAGCUUCGAGCAACAACAGUCCAUGCUCAGCGCUGGUGUAUCUCGGGCCCGGUCUCCCGCGUUCGAGUCAUUCGAGAAUCCUGCGACACCCGUGCGGAAGCGACCAGCUGCGAGGAUCACGGCUCCGCAACAGCCCAAGGCCAAGAUCGACUCGGAGCUGAUGAAGUUCCCCUGGUCUGCCGAUGUCCGCCGAGCAUUGAAAGACCGUUUUCGAAUGACGGGAUUUCGGCAUAACCAGCUGGAGGCCAUCAAUGCCACUCUGGCCGGAAAAGACGCGUUCGUACUGAUGCCAACGGGAGGUGGCAAGUCUCUCUGUUAUCAGCUCCCAGCCAUGGUCAACUCGGGAAAGACCCGUGGCGUCACAUUGGUCGUAUCCCCUCUCCUAAGUCUUAUGAACGACCAAGUGGCGCAUCUGAAGCGCCUCAACAUCCUCGCUGCGACCUUCAACGGGACCAUCAGCGCCGCGCUCCGCAACCACAUCCUGGGUGCCUUUCACCAACCUCACCCGGAACACCACAUUCAAUUGCUCUAUGUCACCCCCGAGAUGCUCACCAACAGCCCUGCCUUCAGGAAUGGGGUACAGCUCCUGUAUCGGAAGAACAAACUUGCCCGCAUCGUGAUUGACGAAGCUCAUUGCGUGAGCCAUUGGGGCCACGACUUCCGACCUGACUAUAAGGCCCUGGGCGAGUUCCGCCGUGGGUUUCCUGGAGUUCCUGUCAUGGCGCUCACCGCAACGGCUACAAAGAACGUCAUGGCUGACAUCAAGCACAACCUCGACAUGGAGAAUUGUGAGGUCUUCACACAGAGCUUCAACCGCCCCAAUAUCUACUACCAAGUCAUCUACAAGCAGUCGCGCUUCAUUCGAGGCAUGGGAGAGCUCAUCAACGAGAGAUUUCCUGGCCAGUGCGGCAUCGUCUACACCCUAUCGCGCAAAUCUGCUGAGGGUACCGCGCAAGCUCUUGUGUCGAAGCACGGAAUCAAGGCUCGCUACUACCACGCCCAGAUGGAUCCCGAAUCCAAGCUUGAGGUCCAGGAGCAGUGGCAGGCGGGCGAGAUCCACGUCGUUGUUGCCACGAUCGCCUUCGGCAUGGGCAUCGACAAACCGGAUGUCCGUUUUGUUAUCCAUCAGAGCUUGCCCAAGAGCCUUGAGGGUUACUACCAGGAGACCGGCCGCGCCGGCCGCGACGGGAAGCCUUCCGAGUGUAUCCUCUACUUCGCGUAUCAUGACAUCCCAGCCCUGAGACGCAUGAUCAACGAGGAUAAAGACAAGGACAAAGACGAGAAGGAGCGACAACACCAAAUGCUCAACCGCAUGGUCAAUUACUGCGAGACCUCUCAUACCUGCCGUCGAGUCCAGAUCCUGCGCUACUUUGGCGAGAGGUUCGACGCCGCCGACUGCAAUAACAUGUGCGACAAUUGCGCCAACGGAUCGACGAACGAAGAACCCCCCGUCAUGGAAGAUUUUACCGAGUGCGCAGUGGCCCUGCUCACCGCUGUGGAGGGUCAGAAACAGGUCACUUUGGGGAAGCUGGUCGAGAUCGUGACGGGCAGCAAGAAUGUCGGGAAACACACGAAUGCACCUGGUUUUUUGCUUUGCAAAGGGAUGAAGAACCACGAGGUUCAACGGGUUGUCAUGGCUCUCCACGAUGAGGACGCGUUGGUCGACUGUCAAGAAACGGCACUGAGCAAUGGCAUCCCUAUUACCAACUUCAAGCUUGGGAAGAAUGCCAACAAGUACCUUAAGGAGGGGCGCCGGCUGCGGUUGGAAGUCAGAAGGAAAGAUCUGCCGCCACUGGUGGAAGAGCCGACUCCAGGGCGCAGGAGGAGGAAAGGCCGCAAGGCAAAGGAGGACGAGGGACUUGAGGAGCCCUUUGAUGCCUCACGGACCAGAAGACCCCCACCGUCCACAAACGUCUCAUCGCCCGUCUCUGGGCUCUCUAGGAAACGGAAGGCCAAACCCGUGAUAGAGACGGCCGUAGACGAGGAGGAUGAAGACGACUUCGUGGUCUCCGAUGAUACGGACGCCGAGGAGGCGCCGUUCGCCCACUCACCCCCUUCGCGCCACCCGCCGCCCCAUCGCCGGCAACAAACCCUCGACGAGCUGGGACCUCCCAUCUCGCGGGAUCCCCGCUUGGAAGAGGCCGGGCUGGACGAGAUCCACCAGGACAUUGUCCAGGCCUUUGUUGAGCGGGCACAUAGGGUGGAAGAGGAACUCCGCAACCGUCACGGGCUACGCCGGGCCCUCUUCACGGAGCAGCAGUACCGGGAGAUGGCGAUCCGCUGGACAACAACCGUCGCCGCGAUGUAUACCAUUCGCGGCAUCGACAAGUACCGGGUGGACCAGUACGGCGCUAAGUUCGCCACCCUCGUCCAGCAAUUCCUCCGCGAGUACCGGGAGAUGAUGGGACGGGCUCCUCAGCCCUCGAUGCCAUUACCCGCUCCGCCUGCUUCCUCCUCGGCGGCCGAGAUCGCGCCAAGGAGGAAGAACAAGCGCGACGUCGUCGACCUCAUCAGCGACGACGAAGAGCCUAGGGUUGGCCACUGCCGCCCACCGCUGCUCACGCGCCGCAAUGAGGCCGAGGCGGAGGAGGAGGACUUUGAGGAGGGCGAGGAGGAUCUCUCAACCUCGCGGUACUUUCGCGGCGACGGUGCUGGCCAAGCCGGCCCGCCGGACCAACCUGACCCUGCCGCCGUCGAGCAGUGGCAUAAGCGCUUCGAGGAGCUGAGGAGGGCCAAGGCUCCCAAGCGCUCGUACAACAAUGAGAGCGGCAGCGGAGGCUCUAGCACGGGCUGGAAGGGCGGAAGGCGGCCCGGCUACUUGAAGGCCCGAGGCGGAAGAAGCGGGUCCUCGCGCGGCAGCGGCAGCGGCGGCGGCUUCUCAAAGCGAAAGGGUUCGGCCGGCCGACAAGCUGGCGGCGGCGACGCCUCGGCGGGCAGCUCGCGGGGCAGGCCUGCUCCGGGGUCAAAGAGAUCCGGUGGCCAGGGCAACAGCGUCCCUGGUAUGCCCUACUAAGGAUCGCUCGCUGGUGGAGGAUCCUGUCAGGCUUGGACCGAAAGGCGUGCCCCUCCUCAUCAUAUUUUCUUUUCGUUUCAAGAUCGCGAUAUGACUGGUUGCUGUUGCAAUCUGGUCGUCUCGCGCGAUCUUGUUACACAGGGUCAAAACCCU